GCAUUUUGUCUACCAGUCAUUCAAGUUGUGUAUGAAACAAUACAAGAUGCGCUGUCUGGAAAAAAAUCAGCGAAAGUUUUAAUACAAGAUGAAGGUAAACUUUGACGUGUGAUACUUAAUUCAUUGUAGUAACAGUGCUAUAGUUUCUCAGGGCUUUCGACAUUGUUCUGAGUAGGUUGGUGUGUUGAUAAAUGACUCAUAAAUUACAGUAGAUGCCUGUGGUCUUGUGGGUAGCAGUCUAGAUAAAUAUAUAGAUAAAUAGUUUGUUGGACAUCAUCUUGCAGUGUCUGUCAAUUUGCUCAGCAAUUCUACAGGGUGUAUAAAAAAAAACGCAACCUCGGAAUUUCCCAAGAAAUCGACAUUCAUGUUUCGCUCGCUACUCUGGUUUAAAUAAGCGAGCGAAACAUGAUUGAUAUACUAUGGUUGCAGUGAACGAACAAACUUUAAAUCGACAUUGUUUUAAAGACAUAAGAUUUUAGGCGCCUGGGAAUUUAAAAUAGCACAACUGUCAAAAUUACUGCACACGCGAGUGCAUAAAGCAAAAUUUAUGCAUUUAUUUAAUGCACAACAACAGUAAUAUGAUCUAUUAGCAAUUCGAUUUCAAUUCCCAGGGGCCUAAAAUCUUUUAUGCUUAAGAAUUGCAAAGUGAUUUUUUAGGAAAUUCCGAGGUUGCGUUUUUUUUUAUACACCCUGUAGAGUGAACCAAGUGAAAUUUAAGUUUUAUUUCAUAUUCUAAUCUCUAUUUUAGAAAAGUCAUGGAAAAUGAAUGUAUAUGAUAGAGAUUCAGCUUUUGGUUAGUGUAACAUUCGAACCCUUUAGUAGGGUUGGGCGAUAUUUUGAUUUAUCGCGAUAUUUUCAUUCGCGAUUAUCGUAUCUAAGGUAGAAACUUGAGCGACGAUAUAUCGAAAUUAUCGUCGUGCUCGUUGACAAUCGUGAUAUUGUUUCGCAUGUGUACAUAGCUUUUGUAAAAAUCCUAAAAAAAUCCUUCAAAUCCUAGAAAAUAUAGUUUUUAAAAGAAUUAAAACUAUUUUCUGAAUUAAAUACAAAUUUAAUACGAUAUAUUGGUUAAGCCUAAUUGGCGUUACCAUGGAUAAUAAAAUAAAUGGAUAGGAAACUCGCUGACGUGACCUAAUGUUUUCAAUGGGCUGAUGGCGUGAUUGGAUGUUGAAACCUAGUUGCAAACCAAAUUCUCAAAAACGGCAUGUUUAGCAAUAAUACAGCUAAACAUUUUAGUCAAAGAGCAAAUGAAUAUAACUACGCCAUUCUACGAUGAAAUCUCUAAGUAUUCCCAGUCAAUUUUAGCAAAUAUUUCAAGCACUAAACAGAGAAAAAGGCAUCCCAAAUUUCGUUAAAAUUGGGGAUGCCAAUUUCGUAGCUACAAAUGUAAAAAAAUACAAAACAAAGACGAAAAACAUUUACCUUGAAUACUUUGUCAUGGCUUGGGCAUGUUUUUAAAACAAUUAGACCGGUUUAUGCUUCAUUAUUGCUCUUUUAAGGCGGAAAAUAUAGCGAAACAACAAAAAUGCAGAGAACUUUGCAAUACGCGUGACGUCACAGAUUGCAACUAGGUUGUUUUUGCUUACGUCAGCGAGAGUCCUAUCCAUUUAUUUUAUUAUCCAUGGUGUUACGGUCGCCAAUAUACCAUUCUAACUUUUAUACAUCGUAAUUAUCCCUACUUAUCACUGGUAAUCGAGUACUCUUUGGUGAACUAGUAAUUAAUCCAUAGAUAUCUUAUAUACACUAGAUAGCGCAUCUCUAUUAGUAAAAUUGAAGCCAAGAAUAUUCCAGCGGUUACCCCCAUUUGAAUAGAUGGCGGCCAUGUUGGUCGUUCCCACUUGCUAAUAAACGCUUAAAAACAACAAUAACUUUCAUUAUUUGAAUAGUUUAAGAACGUAUUUGGAAUAGGGUUAACUUAAUGUUUAAGUCCCUAUUUAAGAAAUAGAAAACAAACGAAUAUUCUCAUUUCAUGGGAACGACCUGAGACUGCAAUCACGGCUUCAAUUUUUGAAUUGCAGAAUAAUUAGAUGCGCUAUCUAGUGUAUAUAAGAUAUCUAUGAAUUAAUCCUUGGUAAUCUAUAUAGUAAUCCUUGGUAAUCUAGUAAUCAUUGGUAAGUUAGUAUAAGCCUUGGUAAGUUAGUAACCCGCUGAACAAUGAAAUUGCAGGCUUUGCUUGCACUGUGUGCCCACGGCAUUUAUGCCUGCGGAGUGAUAGUAGACACUGCAUAGACAGUUCUGGUUUAUGAACAGUAAAUAUUAGACUAGAAAAAGCCUUUAUUUUACUUUAAUUUGUUGUCUCAUUUGUUUAUAAUAAGAUUAUAUAAGCUUACUAUAUAUGCUUUGAUAUUAAUUAUUAAUUCUUAAUUGAGUCGGUUUUCUUUCAUGUACCGAGGUGAUUAUUUUUAAUAAUAACCUUGAAUAUGAAUUAGCUAAAAAGAUGAAGGAAAACUCAGAAAAUCGUCGUUCAAAGCAGACGAAACAGACAAAACUUUGUUGGAAAACCUCCUCAAUUAAGAAUUAAAUAAGAUAAACACCGAGAAUGUCGGGACUUAUGUCAGAUAAUGCCCUCGGACGCUGCGCGUCCUCGGGUCAUUAUCUGACAUAAGUCCCUCCUUCUCGGUGUUUAUCCUAUACAAAUUGAAAAAUGGUCAUUGUUUUUAUUGCAUUUAUCGCGAUAUUAUCGAAUAUCGUGAUAAUUUCCUCGACAAUAAUCGUGAGAUGAUUUUUUUAAUAUCGCCCAACUCUAUUAUACCCUUUAGAAACAUUCACGUGAUGUAAAACAACGUUUCCUUGAACAAAUUUGAGCAUAUUUUCAAAUGUUUUAGCGAUAAGUGAAGAUGGUCUGUUAUGUCAAAGUCGAGAACAGUUCGAUUGGCAAGGCUGUAGAUCUCUCUUGGCUGUCACGAAAGGUAAUAAUUAUAUAGGUUGUAUAUAUAUUUAUAGCAUUUGUUAAUUCUGAACGCUGAUUGGCUAAGAGCCGUGUUGAUAUAACUCAAUGUCAACACGGAAACGUCGGAAAAUUUAUUUCUUUAUAUUUCUUUGUGCUAUAUUAUAAAACAAAUAUAAAACAUUUUUUCCGUAUUGAUAUAUAUAGGUUAUCAUAUAAGGGAUGAGGUGAUAUCAGUUUUAUCGCUCGAGGGAUGAUAUCACAAUUGUCACGAGCGAGCGCAGCGAGCGAGGGACAAUUGUGAUAUCGUCCCAAGAGCGAUAAAACUGAUAUCAUCGAAUCCCGAGUACGAUAACGUAUUUAUUAUAUACUUGUACCUUUAUCAGGGUUUGACACCCAAAAAUAAACAGUUUUGAAAAAAAGGAUCAUUUUAGAAUUCAAAAAAAUUCAUCAUUUACUGAACAAAUAUGAUUUUAGAAAAUAAAUAGACCAUUCAUAUAAAUAAUAUACAAUUUAAGUCUUUCGUUUUGUAUUAUCGUUCUUGUUUCCUUCGAUAAAACUGUCGACAUCAACCAACACGAACCCAUUGAGCACGAACCUCGAGUCGGCCAUGUUUGUUUUGACAAGGCGCGAAAUUUAGCGGGACAAAAAACGAUAUCCGGGACAAAAAACGAUAUCCGGGACGAUAUCGUUUUUAUGUCCCGCUGCUUCCUACCUGAUAAAGGUACAAGUAUGUGAUAAACAGUUAUAUCAACACUCGUGGAAAUUGGGAAAACUCUAAAUUGAUGUCAAAAAAACUCGUCGUUGUCCUGUUUCCGCACAAUUUUUCGAUUUCCCAAUUUCCACGAGUGUUGAUAUAACUGUAAUAUCAACACGGAAAAUGUUUUAUAUUUGUUGAAUAUAACACGCAAUAACGUGCUUUCGCUUAUAUAGAUAAUUGAUAGUCGAAAAAUAUAAUUUAAUGGUGUUGUUUAAAAUUUCAUCCCUAAGGUAAAUUUUAUUACGAAACAACAGUGACAGAUGAAGGAUUAUGUCGUGUUGGUUGGUCAACUAGAGACGCUACUUUCAAUUUAGGUAUCACAGUAGAUUUUUUUGUCUAGCUCAUUAAUGGACCAUUCCCCAAAUGUUGAACUCAACAAGUCUACACCAAAAUUUCAUCACAGCUUGAAAGAGCAUCACAAAAUUAGUAGUAAUUCAAAGUUUCGUUGCAAAAUGUUGUAAAAUGCGGAUAAUAUAGCCUUGCGAAGUUUGCAAUUUUCAGUCAUUUUAGAGUACAAACGGGAAAUGGUUACCACUACUGUGCGUAAUACAAACUGAAAAUUGCAAAGGCUAUAUUAUCCGCAUUUUAUAACAUUUUGCAACGAAACUUUGGAAUAUUACUAUAUUUGUGAUGCUCUUUCAAGCUGUGAUAUAAUUUUUGUUUAGGCUAGUUAAGAUCCAAAUUUUGGAAAAGUGGUAACCAUUUCCUGUUUGUAAUCUAAAAUGACUGAAAAUUGCAAAUUCCGCAAGGCUAUAUUAUCCGCAUUUUACAACAUUUCCCAAUGAAACUUUGGAAUAUUACUAAUUUUGUGAUGCUCUUUCAUGCUAUGAUGGAAUUUUGUCUACACUUGUUGAGAUCAAAAUUUUGGUUAAUUGGGGAAUGGUCCAUUAAGUUGCAUUUAGUGCGACCCACUUUAUUAUUUAAUACCAUCUUAUUUAAUCAAGGGGAGAGCGCUGGCGCUCAAUGGGUUAGCAACCUUUGCACAAAAAAGACAGACAUUCUUCGCUUUUCACCAUCACUUCCUGAAUAGAAGGUCGUUGGUUGCACAGUGGUUAUUAAUGCAUGUUCAGGGUGUCCUAAAAAUACAAAACUAUUGAAAUAACGUAUUGUUAGAAUUUGAAUGCCCUAGCACUAUUAGCCGCGUAAAAUAUUGAAAGGGUGCAUAUAUUAAAUAUUGACUUAUAGUAUUAAGAAAUUAAAAUAUCUUUGUAAAGCGCACGAUUUUCUGCUUUUGAGAAUAUAAAGCAGCUUCUUAAACAGUUUCAUUAGGCAUAAAAUUUACUUAUGUCAAGCUUUAGUGCACUUGUGGGUAUACGUUUGUGUGAUAAUAAUCCCGCCUUAAUUGCAAACACCGCAAAUUAUAUAUCCCCAUUUUCUCACAGUAGAAAAUUGAUGGCCCCUAUAUGGGACCUUUGUAGGCCCCUGAAUUGUUGGCUCACUGCGACCUUUCGUUAAUCGAGUCAUGAAAACUUGUUUCCGACUUAAGUGAAGUCCAUAAUCCAUCAUUUAAAAAUACAUAUAGAGCGUGUCGUAAACAAAUUUCUUAAGUUACAUCACCCAGGCUCUUCCCAUACUCUGCUGUAACAAAACUGCAAUAACAAUUUGUGUCAUUUGAAUAUGUUCAGGGACAGAUAAAUUUGGAUUCGGUUUCGGGGGAACAGGAAAGUGUUCAUUCGGGCGACAGUUUGAUACUUAUGGCGAG